GGAAAAUCAAUUUAGUCGGAAUGUGGCAGCCAGCAUGGUAGUGCCGACGUGACGGACGCUGACACGAUGUACCAGUAACCAUUCCUCCGCACAGUAUGGCCUCGGUCGCCGCUUGGUUGCCUUUCGCGCGGGCGGCGGCCAUCGGUUGGGUGCCGAUCGCCACUCAUCCGCUCCCACCGCCUCCGAUACCCAAGGACAGGCGGAAGGCCGACGACGAGAAGCUGCUCAUCAACGUCUCCGGCCGUCGUUUUGAGACUUGGCGAAACACCCUAGAGAAAUACCCCGACACUCUUCUGGGAUCCAACGAACGCGAGUUCUUUUUUGACGAGGAGUGCAAGGAGUAUUUUUUCGACCGCGAUCCGGACAUUUUUCGACACAUUCUCAACUAUUACCGCACGGGGAAACUGCAUUAUCCGAAACACGAAUGCCUGACCAGCUACGACGAGGAGCUGGCGUUUUUCGGCAUACUGCCGGACGUCAUUGGAGACUGCUGUUACGAAGACUACAGAGACAGGAAGAGGGAAAACGCCGAACGACUGAUGGACGACAAACUGUCGGAGAACGGUGACCAGAACCUCCCGCAACUGACCAACAUCCGACAGAAGAUGUGGAGGGCGUUCGAGAAUCCUCAUACUUCGACUGCUGCCCUAGUAUUCUACUACGUGACGGGGUUCUUCAUUGCGGUGUCCGUGAUGGCUAAUGUAGUGGAGACCGUCCCUUGUGGCCACCGUCCGGGCCGCGCGGGGACUCUGCCGUGUGGCGAGAGGUACAAAAUCGUGUUCUUUUGUUUGGAUACCGCUUGUGUUAUGAUAUUCACUGCAGAAUAUCUUCUGAGACUUUUCGCGGCGCCAGACCGAUGCAAGUUCGUUCGUAGUGUUAUGAGCAUCAUUGACGUCGUCGCCAUCCUUCCCUACUACAUCGGACUCGGAAUCACCGACAACGACGAUGUCUCCGGCGCCUUUGUUACCCUUCGGGUGUUCCGCGUGUUUCGUAUUUUCAAGUUUUCGCGACACUCGCAAGGACUUCGUAUUUUAGGUUAUACACUUAAAUCGUGUGCUUCUGAACUGGGAUUUCUGGUUUUCUCUCUAGCUAUGGCUAUAAUUAUUUUCGCGACUGUAAUGUUUUACGCUGAAAAAAAUGUGGACGGAACAAACUUCACUUCCAUUCCUGCCGCUUUCUGGUACACCAUCGUGACGAUGACGACGUUGGGGUACGGAGACAUGGUUCCAGAGACUAUCGCAGGCAAAAUAGUGGGUGGCGUGUGCUCGCUCAGUGGAGUGUUAGUGAUCGCGCUGCCCGUGCCAGUUAUAGUGUCCAACUUUAGUAGGAUAUAUCACCAAAACCAAAGAGCGGACAAAAGAAAAGCUCAAAGGAAAGCCAGAUUGGCGAGGAUUCGUAUCGCCAAGGCGUCGUCAGGAGCUGCAUUCGUCAGCAAGAAGAAGGCUGCUGAGGCGAGACUGGCAGCUCAGGAGUCCGGCCUAGAGAUGGACGAGAGCUACAGAGAGGAGGACAUCUUCGAGCUACAACAUCAUCACCUGCUACGUUGCCUUGAGAAAACUACAGACAGGGAGUUUGUGGAGUUGGAGGUGCCAUAUAACGGAGCGCCCAAACGUCCAGGGUCGCCUAGUCCUCUGAUCAGCCCCACUCACUCGGCUGGUAGUCGCACAGGGCUGCUGCACAGCUGUUGUGGGCGAUGCUGUGGCCAGCGCUACCAGAAACAUCACCACCACCAUCAGAGCGGAGCCUCGUCAGAAGUGGCAGGACACGAGGAGGAGUUGAAUGACAUUCAGAUCCGUCUGCAGUUCAGCCGCGCCAGUGGGAGUGGCAACGGUGGUAGCAGCACAGGCAACAUAGCACUUCCCCGGCCCACCGUUGGACACAAGACCCCACCUAUUCCUCUCACCGGCUCUCUGGUCUCUAUCAGCAAAGCCAACUCCACAACCUCCUCCAACAUGACAGCUUCCGUCGUCGUCAAUCUCCCCACUUCUUAUCCCAACUCCGACAUUGAUUACGCUUCUCCCGCCUCCCCGUCGCCCUCUUCCCCCAUCGCCUCGAUAGACCAACAACCUGAAGUCAGAAUAUCGUUUUUAUAAUCGCCCAGUGUUACUUUCUUUAGUUGUAUUUGUUUUUAUCAGUUUACCGUCAAAAGGUGCUUUGUAAUUAUUUUUUUAUCAUAACACUACAGAUGAAGUGUCUUUACAUUCCACGGUAGUGUUAGUAAUUCGUAAUCACCUGUUUAUCUCUUUUGUAAUUUUCUAGACAUGUAGUUUAAUAAACGUAUCUUUUAAUAUUAUUCUCCGGUCUCAACAAAAUCUAUUAACAUCUUGAAAAUGCCGAUGAUUAUAGUUUAUUUUUAUAGGAUAGAGAUUAUUGAGAAAAUUUAUUUCAGCUGUGUAAGUUUAGUUGGAAAAACAUAAAUAUCGAGUUUAAGCUGAAAUUAAAUUUUUGGUACUCGAUUGCUUCAGUUGUUUAGAAAUUAAUUUACAACAGCCUAUUCACCCACAGUAUAAACAUAAUCAUGUUUACAAUAAAAUUUACUUAAUGUUUGUAGACAAACUAAUCAAGUGAUGAUUGGCUCACAAAAGAGUAAACAUUCGUUAAAAAAUCUUAGAUUUUCAUCUUUUUACAGAUAGCUUUAAAAUAGAUUUCAAUAUCUCAUAUUAUCUUACCAAGAGUUUUCUUAAGUUAGUUUUUAUCAGUGAUAAAACUCAUUUUCAUAACCUGAACCAUUUUAAAAUGCAGCUGAAUUUAAUUUUUACAUCUCUUGUUCGUGUUGAUGCAGAAAUAAUAAUACUUUUACAGCAGCUAAUCAGCCAAGCAAAUUUCCAUUUCCAUUUGACAGUUUGGAUUUUUUCUAAAAUAUUUCCUUAAUGUUGAAUUUAUCAUUUAUUUAAAAGACAUUAACUUAAGCGAGUACCUAGGUUUGCUGGAACAGGGAAGGUUAUGAAGUGUUUUUUUUUGUUUUUUGUGGACUGUCAACUUGGUAUGUAUUAAAUAUUAAAUAAAUUUGUCAAACGUUAUCAAAAUAUUUCCAUAUCCAAGCAAAUCUAUAACAACUUAAUGACCCUCUGGAUAACAUUUAUAAAUUGAAUAUAUCUGUUACUGAAUGUCGUAGAGAAUCAUAUAGUACUAAAUUGUUUGUUUUUUUUAUGAUCCACAUGAUGAGUGUAAUGAAAAUUAAUCAUUUUUACGUUUCAAAGGCAACAAUUUUGAAAAAAAAAAACAAUUUAAUAAACAUUGUCAUAAUACCCAGUUUCAUUACAAUUUUGCUGGUUCUAUAUAUAUAGCUUUUUCCUUAGAGGGUAAAAUUCACUAGAACAUAAAACAGUGUUUAUAUAUAAUUUUACUGGCUAUUAAUCAUCGGUUUACAUUUUUGAUACUUCUCAAUAACCUUAAACAACACUCAAAAUAUCUUGCUAAGUUUCCACCCAUUUCUCAAAAUUAAAUUUUAAUUGGGAUUAAGAAAUAAUAAGUAUUAUUUUUAUAAAAUGUAGAUGUUGAUAGUAAUGUACAUUUAUCCAUUUUUUCUUUAACACAGAAAAAAAGAUCAUCUAAGUUGUGAAUAAAGCUCAUUAAGAGUAUAAAUAAAUAAAUAGUUAGGCCUACGUAAUUUGUCAUAUUAUUUGGAAAUUUAAAUCAGGUGAUUUGUUUAAAAUAUGGAAGAACUUGUUUUUAUCAAAUGCAAUUUUUGUUUUAACUAAUUUUGUUUAAAUUAUAACUUUUUUACUGCGCCAUUAUAAUUUAUGGUUGUAGAGCAUUGGAUAUUACAGUAAUAAUACAAUAUAACCCUUUGACCCUGUUAAGUACCAGAAUGUGCUUCCAGAUGGAACUUACUUUAUGUUUGUUAACACAUACAUGAUAGACUUAGCUUGAUAAUAUUUUAAGUACUAUUUAUGAGUCCACAAAGAAUCGUGCAUUUGUAUUUCAUGUUUUUCUGAGAUUGUUAAGUAAUGAGAUUGCAUACAUUUUUUAAUGAUUUUGUAAAUCUUGUUAAUUUUGCCACAAUAAUUAAAACUCCUGUUGCACUGUGUUAUAAGAGUUUGUACAAAAUAGUAAAAAAGUUGUUAUUACACUAAAAAUUUACACUAAACACUAAAAUAAAGAGGAAGUUUUUUUCAUCAUACCCUCCAUACUACUCCGUUUCAAACGUGUAUCGGUGUUUUUGAAGUACUUAAGGUGAUAUUCAAACAUAUGAAAUUAUUUUUUGAAAAUUAAAGUAACGAAUAAUAAUUUUAAUAUUUUAAUGUUAUUUAGUUGGGUCAGCUUUGACCUUACUUAGUAUAAUUACAGAUGCCAACACCUCCAAGUAUUCCAUAAACCAUCCAGUGUUCUGCGAGGGUAUGAAAUAUACUAUAAUUGAUGUUGAAAAUGUAAGAUUUUGUUUGAAACAAGAAUCAACUAUGCCAAAAUGUGUAAAAAUUCAACUAUUCAAACUAAUAAAAUAUAUAAUUUAGAUAAGUUUUAACAUGAAAGAAAAAUAUGCUGUGUUAUUAUCUUAAAGGUUCAAAAUACCAAAUCUGUUAAUCAUCUGUACUACUAUUGCAUUUAGAUGUAAUAUUUGGGGUAACUAAUGCAAAUGAACAACAUGGCUGUAAUAGUUUUGAAGACUUUAAAUGUUAUGUCAUUCUUGGAACAUAACCAUGCAACAUGAACCAUUCAUUAUGCUACCAAACACCAAACUUAGACUGUUCGCACACAGACCACUUAAAAAGACAAAAUAUUUUCAAAUGACUGCAGUAACUUUCCUAUUAUCAGUUUUAUUAACAGAAAAUGGUGUUUAAAUAUUGGUACUCCAGUCUACCAAGUUGUGAAUUCUAAAUCCAGUAUUUGGUUAUGGCUUUUACACUAGCUUAGGAGCCAUUUGUCCCACUUUAUGUUUUCAGUCUCUAAUUAUAUCAGAGCUUCUCACAUGCUCGGAGCUUCCUUAAAUUGUAAAACUGCCUCAGAUUUGAGAUAUGAAUCAAUUUCUUUAAUCCCAUUGUACCUGUCUUAGAUAGAAUUUGCAUAUUGUCUAGUAUCCAAAGUCUUCGUACAUUUAGAAUCAACUGGGAAAUACAAACCCUGCGCUUUUUGUUCACUAAUGUAAAAUGUAACAAAUGCAUCGGCUCCCAAUGAUACUUCUUACAAUUAGCAAAUGUUGUUUUUGGAUUUGCAGAGUUAAAAUUUUGUAUACAAUUAGAAAAGUAUAAAUAAAUUAGCUAUUAUUGUUGAUACUGGAAUUUAUAUAUGCUGUAAAUCCGCUACUUUAGUAUUUGUAAGUGAUUUGUAAACUGGAAACAUCAAUUUGUUUGAAGAGAAAUUUAGAUAUUAAAGAUUCAUAAUAUUCUUACUUAUGAAUCAUCAAACAAUUUUUAAACACACAAUGUAUUCAAAUGAAAAGUGUUAUAAAACAGUUUUCUGCUGUGCUGUAUGUUACCUAUUAUUCAUCUGAUAAUAUCGAGUAGGCAUUGUGGGACCAUUUGUUCCAGAAAUCGUAUCAAGCAGUAUGGUAAAGACUACAAUAAAUUUUGUUUGUUCACCAAACAGCUAUUACAAUCAAUCACAUCAUUUAUAUUUAAAGAUUUGUAUAUCUAUUGUGUCAGUUUUUAUAUUUCAAGAUAAUUUAUCUGUAGAUAUUGUUAUGUAAUUUACAGACAUUAUUCAGCCAACUGUUUGUACUUUUGACUCAAUGAUGUGUGUCUAAACAGUCAAUAAACUGUACAGUCUUUGACAACAAAACUUAUGGUUAUCUAUAAAUAAAGAU